AUGCCUGCCUCAUCCGGUGAGGUCUGGACGUCCUGGACAGUUCGCCAACUUCGACAAGAGUGCACGUCGAGGGGCAUCGACUUGACUGGCUGCUUCGAGAAAGAAGGCAUACUCCAAAGGCUCCGUGCGGCGAGUGCAGAAAAAGAUGUUAAAGAGGAGAAGUUGCGCGAGCCAGCCGACCACGACGUCAACAUGAGCGGUUCGAGACACGAGGAUGGUUCUGACCCGGACCCGACUAUCGAUUGGCAGGCCAAAACUAUGCGUGAACUUCGCCGAGAGGGUGUACUGUUAGGUGUGGAUUUGAGAGGCUGCUUUGACAAGGCGGACAUUGUUCAGAAGCUCAAAGUUGCCAAAAAGAGCGUACCAGCUGAGCGAAUCAAAUCCCAGCACGACGGAGCAGAAGUGUCUGCAACGGCACCAGCGCAAAGCCCCGAAGCCCAGAGCCAUACAGCUCCCCAACACGCACGGCAAGCUAGCCCGGUGAACAACAUGCAGCCAAGAGCAGAAGAGUGUUCCGACCAUGCCAUGCAUCAAGAGCUUAGAGCUGGAGCUCGUGAAACCUGCUCCAGCCAGGCAUCCCCCAAGCGUAGGCAGCCUGCCUCUGGAGAGAAUGCACCGGAGCUGGCGGCAGUUCUCACCUACAAUGACACAGGCUCCAAAAGCAUGGAGCCAGGACAGGAGCCGACGCUGGAGGCCAUGUCGCAGGCAGAGGCAGAAGCAGAGCAAGCAGACCAGCAAGGAUCGAGAGACAGAGACGAGCUCCAGAAGCGGCAAAGAGAGCCGGAGCAGAAUGGGCAGAACGAGCAGAGCGAUGAGCCGCACAAGCAGCAGCGAAUACAGAGCACCUGGCAAGUCAAGGAUCCUGGAGACAUGAACCUAGUUGGAGAACCCUGCUUCAACGCGGAUGCUAAGAACCACGUGCAUAGAGAGGCAGAAGUGCAAGGAUAUGCACUGGAGGUAGUGCCAAUGAGAACCUUGAUCAAAGAGUGCAAGCUGCUGGGCAUCGAUGCAUCUGGCCUCUACGCAAAGUGCGAGGUGAUCAACAAGCUGAUGUCUGUCCUGGACCAGACGAUUGUUUACAAGACGGCAGCGAGCCAAUUCCGAGUCUUGCCUGGAGGGGAAGUUGGUUGUCCUGGAGACGUACCGGAAGACUCCGAGGUUGCGCUGCCUGAACCAGCUGGACCUCCAAUUGCAUUGUCUCCGUUCAAAGAGUCAGAAAGGCCCAAGACGCCGCCCACGACAACUUUCUGCCCAUGGUCGCUGGGUGACCCUAUCCUCGAAGAGGAACCCGAGGGGCAAGAAGUGGCGCGAGGUGAAAGUGAAGAGGAGGUAGAGGAAAUCAUCAUGGACGUGCAGGAGGGAUCGGCUCUCAAGGAGCCAGGAAGUCCAUCCUCGUCUUCGAAACACCAGCCUUCGCAGGAGACUCUGGAAGGCACUACACGUUCCGGCGAAAAGCAGGAGGGGUCAGCUCCAAAGGAGCAGAGCAGUCCAUCCUCUCCGCGAUGCCUUCCCCAGGCAGGUCGGUUGGAUUCUGCAGAAUCGGCCGUUCUGCGACCGCGUGCGUCCAUCUCUGAACUUUUCCGGCUUUCUCUCUCCGAGCUCGAAGCGAGGUGCCUGGCCGAGGGCGUGGAGGUUGGUCCCGGUGACUCAAAGGGAGUUCUGAUCUCAAGGCUCAAGCAGGCAUUGUCGCUGACAGCUUCCACUGCUUCCAGCCCCAGCCAACCCCCCUUCCCUCAGAAUACAGUGAGCCAGGCAGAACCAUCGCAGGCAAGCCAGCCUUCUCCUUCAGAACAUGCAUCUCCCCGCCCUGCACAAGCCGAAGCCAGCUGCAAACAAGAGCCCGAGAUGUUCAACAUCGGGUCUGAUGACGGAAGUUGCGAGGAACAUUCCGACACAGACUUCUUUCCAGACCUACAUCAGGGCCACAUGUUCGGCACCACAGACACCAGCAAGCCUGAGUCUGAUGCUGCGGAGCUGGAGGGCAGGCUGGCACAGUCAGCCAGGGAAGGAGAUUCUGAGCAUCCAGAAGCUCCAGCGUCGCCUGUUGUGAAAACUUCAGAGAACACGGAGAACAUGGCGACUAACGUGCCAGACGAAGCAGGCGAAGAAGGAGGAAUGCGGGAUAGCAGCACAGCUGACGCAGCUGACGAGCCCAGAAAAGAAUUCAGCACUCCAUCUGACCCCGAACGGGAAAUUACGUCAGCCUUCGAUGCAACUCUGGCGGGUGCAAGUCAGGGUCCGGAAGUUUCAGCGGCGAGGCCAGGCAAGGAACCAGCAGAGACCGAGACUGCCGACGAGCUGCAAGAUUCGCAGGACCAAGACCCAGAUCUGGGAUUUCAAGACAGACGCCGCGACUGUACAGACCCUCGUGCGUCCUGUCCGACCUGUCCGCCACAGCGAGAGUGCCGUCCUGGUUCCUCCGGCAAUGGUGGCAGCAUGUUCGAUUUCGAUGACUUGGAUGAGGCUGAGGCAGAACCUCCCGUCACGGUGCCGGCGCCACAAAUGGAAGCCUCGAACGUCUCCAAUGCAAAGCCGGAGUACCCUUUGCCGGAGAAGCCGGAAGAAACGACCAGGCGGCAGGCAGCUCAGGCUCCACAGGUCCCUCAGGAUCCUGAGAUUCCUGAGACACCAAAACCAGGUGAGUCCCAUCCACUGCUUCGGUUCUCAACGAAGGAGCUGCUUGAGCUGGCCAGGUCGCGGGGUGUGGAUGUUCGCGGCUGUGUGGAGAAGAGUGACAUCGUCGAUCGCCUCACGCGAUCACCACGGCUAACAGUUCAGCCAAAGUCUGAGGCAGCCCCACGCGGCAGCGCCUCGCCACAGAAGCCAUUUCCUGGACCUGAGCCGGUGCGGCUUCCGAAGGCCGCUUCGAAGGCACCACCAAGGCCCAAGUCCAAGGCCACGCCAUCAAGACCAGCCCCAAAACCUGGGAAUUCGCCAAUGCCAGAUCGUGCCAAAAGGGUGGACUAUGCAAGACCCUCCCCACAGGUGCAGGCGGCCAAGGCUGCGGAAGCAAGGCUUGCUGGAGAGGUUCCGGAUGGAUGGAGUGCCAGAAUACAGACAUGGUUCGGGAGGUAUCCAGGCUUUUCGGCACUCCUACCUCCAGAAGCCGAAAUGUGGACAGAUCAAGAACUGGACGUGUACUUCGGCAGCAACGGUGACAUCUGGCCGCGGGGCAAGAGACCAGCCUGGUUUGGGAGAUCAACUGAGGGCGAAGAGUCCAAGCCGAUCCCAAAGCCUCAAGGUCCACGGACAUACCCGGACCUGAAAGUGCACUUCCAGACUCUCGACUUAGCUGAGACCACGCCGCCUGAAGUCAUCAGGCGCCACUAUCGCCGGCUAGCCAGAGACUGCCAUCCGGACAAGCAUCCAGACAACGUGGAGGACGCAACCAGGCGGUUUCAGCAAAUUACCGAAGCCUACGAAGCAAUUGCCAACAGGCUGAAGUUGUGA